AAUCUAAUGUCUCAACACGUAGAAAAUUUUACUUCUUUCUAUCAAAUUGCGCGCCUAGGUGUUCUAACCCACUAUAAUUUUUCUUUUACUAGUGAAAAUACAUAUUUUCUACUAGAAGACAUCGGUGAUACCGUUCUUUUAGAUCAGGAAUCAUUUAAAUACAGUAUCCCUCUAUUCUAUUCACAACCAUUUGAACUAUUUGAUGACGCGGUUGGUUAAUUGGUACUCUACUGUGGACUCUCACUAUGCUAUUGUCAAGGCCGAUUAGUAGUAAAUUCAAAGGAUUCGCCAGUUUAUUGAGGCAGUUCCGCUCAUCGUUUAAUUCACAUUCUGAUUUGGAGAAUGGGAAGUUGGUCAACGUUGGUAUGUGGGUUUCACGUUCAUCGACUUUUAGUCGUUGUUUCCAACUCGAAUUCUACUAAAAAAUGGCCGAAUACUAAACUUGGACCAAUAGAAGCUGUCAAUCCAAAAUAUCCGUUGCCUGGGUUUGUAGGGAUUCCGUUAGUGAAGGAUGAGAAACCUUUGGAAAAGAAAUACACACCUGCGGUGCAUACAUUACCUCCAAUGAAGGAGGAGAACUAUGCUGCAACUCUUUUGAAUGUUUACAAUGAAAAAGAGUUCAGUGAAUCUCAGCCCUCAAUAAUUCCACCGGUAUCGGAUCAACUUGAAUGUACCAUACACACCUGUCCAGUGCUAGUUCAGCAAACUUUAGCUAAUGUGUUCCCAUCGAGAAAACUUUCAUUAAAACCUUUAACAGCACUAAUUCUUAGUCAUCACACCAAUGAAUCGUUAGAUGCAUGGAGUGAAGAAGCUGCUGAUGAACGUGAACAGUUAGCACGAUCUUUUAUUACUUCAGCAAUAGAAAUAUGCUCGUCUUUAAAAGAAUUGGGGUAUUGGGCAGAUUUUAUUGAUCCCUUCACUGGGAAACCGUAUAUUGGAUCACAUGGUGAAGCUAUGCUCACAGAAACCGAUGAAACUAUGAAACAUUUUGGAUUUGAUCUAGACAAUUCUGUUUGUUGUAAAAUAUUACGUCAUCCAAAGUGGAAGAAUCAUGUAUUUGUUGGAUUAAUAUUCACAGAUGCACCAGACUAUCAUCCAGUACUAAUGCAUAUUUAACUAAUAUCUUUACUAAAAAGUUCUUUUACCUCUAUUACUCUUCUUGUUAAAUUGUUUUGAUCUUUAAGAACAAUUGUACUUUAAUUCUACUUUUGUGACAUUAUAGAAUAUAUAUCUAUAUAAAAACUUGAAGUAUGUUUUAUAUAUUUUCAUUAAACGAUUCAUUAUAAGAAAAUUUACUGAUGUGUUGAAUAAUUCAAAUGUGUAAAUGUUUCACUAGUUGCUUCUUCUUCUUCUUCUUACUGGUAAUUAUUGAUAUUAUAAUAUUAUUGUUAAUAACCCCCGAAUUCCCUAGUACAACCGAGAGUGGGAGAGUCCGCUUUCCCUCUUGAAAUACUCUCACGUUGCCACGUUCAUACAACCACUACCAGGGAAGUCCUACUUGCUGCCUUAUCGUGGUGGGGGUGCUGUUUACGAAAUUGAGAGGAUGAAAAGCGAAUGUCCGGCACUUUAACCGGGUUGGUAGAUAUUGAGGAUCCACCUAGGGAAGUUGGAAAGCCCUGAUUACAAACCAUUAGUGCACAUGGGCUCCAGGAUCCCGAAGGAACAAAUGACGUAUGAACCAAUCGUUGGUCACCGGCUAUCAUGUGACUGCAUCUCCUCACGAUGCUCCACUGCCUUGUGGAACAGACCUUUAGGUCGAAGGCUCCGGUGUGUGGCCCCCUUAGAAAACCACCUGUAUCAGUUUGGGCACUCGGCUAGUAUUCUAGCCCUCACACAUCGAGUGAUUUAUGUAGCGGAUAUCUGUUUGGUACAUCCUUGUACCAAUGUUUAUGUGUUUAAAUAAAUAAGUAAUUAUUAUUAUUACAUUAAAGUAGUUAUUUAUCUAAUACAAUUCUAAUUCUUCCUAGGAUUAUUUCGGUAUUGAAUAUGAUCAGAAAGUCGAAGUGAUUAAACGUGAAGAAAGUAAACGUAAAGCAUCAUUAUCAACAUCAAAAAGUAAUAUUAUUGAUGAACAAUAUUUUGGUGUACAUGAUGAUGAUGAUGUCAAGUUACAUGCUAGAGAGAGUGUUAAAUCUAAGAAGAAUUCAUCUGAAAUAACUGUACUUCAUUCAAAGACAUCUCAUUUAGAUGAUUUAUGUGAGAUCGACUCACAAUAUUUUGGCUCCACAGGAUCUAAUACAAAUCCAAUAGAAAAUGUCAGCUCAGUAGUUAACAAUACUACUAAUCCAUUGAUAAUUUCACAGCCUAAAAUUAGUACUGGUAAAAAGCAUAUUCCUCAUCCUGCUACUACUAUUACUAAUACUAAUACACAUACUGAUAUUACUUUGAAAAGCUAUGCAAAUCUAAGAAAACAGGAAAAAUUGGUCCCUGGGACCAAGACUGUUCGGGUUGAUAAUAAUGUACGCCGAAAUAAUAAUGAUUCAUUGAGACUUAACAAAAAUGAUAAUGAUAGUCGUUACGAUGAUGAUGUUGAAUAUGGAUCAGAUGCAGUUAGAAUUAUCCGACAAAGAACCAAGUUAAAUCUAUACACUGGUACUACCUUAGAUAUACCAUCAAAUAAAUCGACAGCGUCGGUCCCAGAAAAAUUGGAUAGUCAAGGAUAUCGUGUCCCGGAUGAAGAUCCAUAUAAAUUUGAUUUAUUAACUGAAGAAGAAGCUGCAACGGUAUUGUAUAAAUCAAUUAUAGAAAUAAGAGAAAAUGUGAUCACUUUGAAUAAACCAUAUGGAAUAGCAUCUCAACCUGGAGCUGAUUGUAAACAUAAUAUUGUUGAUUUAUUACCGCGUAUUGAAUCAAUGAUAAGAAAACGAAGUCAUCAUGGCAAUCAUGGGAAAGGUGAAGAAAAAUGCAUUGGUGAACUGUCAACUGUUCAUCGAUUAGACAAAGAUUCCAGUGGAAUUAUAUUAAUAGCUAGUUCAGGAUUCCAAGCUAGGACUUGCCUCGUGAUGCAGCUUAAUGAUUUCCGCAACGCGUGUUCUAUCCACCUCCAACGUCUUUUCCUAAUUUUCUCUUCAGAUGGGAGUUGGCUUGUUCUUUGCCAUAGUGAGUUGUUGCUAAUGGUAUCCGACCAACAAAUAUUAAGUAUUUUGAGUAGAAAAUUGUUUAUAAAUACUUGUUCGUUUUUGAUGAUGGUCGUAGUAUUCUCCACGUUUCAUCUUCGUACAGUAGAACUAUCUUGACGUUCGUAUUAAAGAUUCUGGCUUUGAUAUAGACAGUUUUGAGUCUCAUAUAUUUUCCAGCUGUAGGAAUGUUACCCUUGCUUUGGGAAUCCUCCUCUUUACGUUUGCAUCAGGUCCUCCUUCUUCAUCGAUAGUACUGUCCAGGUACAUGAAAGUGUCCACCUAUUUCAGAAUUUCCCCAUCAAGUGUGAUUGUGUUUGUGUUCUCUAUGUUGUAUUUGAUGAUCUUGCUUUUUCCCUUGUGUAUGUUGAGGCCUACUGCUACAGAUGCUGCUGUUAUACUGGUUCUCCUUACCUGCAUUUGUUGGUGUGUAUAGGAUAAAAGACUUUAGUCCAAAUCGUCUAGUUGCAUCCAAGCUUUCCGUUAGGUGUCAAGGUCUUCAUAACCUAGUCGACCACCAGAAGAAAGUGAAAGGGGAAGAUUAGGCAGUCUUGUCACACACCAGUCUUUACUUGGAAUGCAUUUGUGAGCUGUCCCCCAUGCACUGUAUUCCGUCGUAUGAAUUUCGUAUGACGUUGACGAUGUUUUCAGAUACACGUGGCCCGGAUAGCUCAGUAGUAAAGUCUCUGGCUGUGAAGCUGGGUGACACGAGAUCGAGUCCGUCAGGGAGCACCAGUUCCAUCAAGAUUACAGGUACACCCUGCUGACGAGUGCCAGGUAGCACGGAACCCGGGUCCAGGGUUUCCUGUCGACUACCUCCAACCACCAUCUAAUCUCAUACUAGUGCCAGCAGUGUCGAGUCACGUAGACUGGUGACCACACUACAUCAUGGUCGAUAGCAUUCGAACUGCACUAAUAAUAAGGACUUGACACACAUGACAUUGGUCACCACCCAGUGAUCAAUCAAUUGUGACUUUGUAGUGUUGCUUGUCCAAUGCUCCAGUUCUUCUUUAGCGUCAGUUCCACCUAGGGUAAUGAUGAGGAUAUAUCAACUUUUGUCUUUGUUUGCUCAUCUUCCAUGAAUUUUCUGUAUUUUUUUAUUGAUGCAGGUAUGAUUGAUCUUGCUCUGUGUAAUAUACUCCAGUGAAAUUCAUGUAAUUUUGUGUACGCGUUUGUUAGUCAAAACGAUGUCACCUUUAACCAUAUUGUUGGCGUUUAGAUUUCCCAGUCUCUCAACACUCUCGUUCCUUUGUCCCAUUCCAUGUCGUCCCAUGAUGUCUUCAUACUCGGUGUUAUCUAUGAUGACAUUUAAAUUUAAAUUUCCCAUCAGCAUGGUCAGGUUCUUUCCUGAGUUUUUCUUUACCCUCGGCCGCAACCCGUCCUAAAACUGGUCUUUAUCGUCUCCACUGCUAUCAUUGGUGAACGCAUAUCACUGGAUAAAAUUCAUUAAUAUCCCUUUCUUUGUUUCUAAGGAUGCUUUGAUGAUUCUGGAUCCAUGAGAUUCCAAUGCUAUAAGUGUUUUAAGUGCUUCUUUUGAUAGCAGCAUCACUGCUACUCCUUGUGUGUGCGAAGAAUUUUCUUCCUCAUGAUCAGUGUAGGAUCUCUCGAAACUAUUCUUUUCCGUCCAUCUUGUGUCCAAUGGGCUUCACUUAUUCCGAGAACCGCCAAGUUAUCUCUCUUCAUUUCCUCAGUUACUCUAUUAGUUCUCCUGGUCUCCCAUAUUGUGCGGAUAUUCCAUGAACUUAUAUUAAUUAUUACCCUGAUUGUCAGAAAGGGGCAUCAUCGGCCUCGUGACUUCUUAGCUUUCACCAUGAGGCGUCAUAAAACUCUUUUAAGUGAAGACUCUUCAUUUCCCAAUUGAAAUUUUAAAUGGUUAUAGUGAUUUUUUCCAGCUAGAUUUUUUUGUUUGGGCUGAGAUUGUUAACCCUAUGCCCAACCUUCCUCAUCUGUGUAGGCUUGGGACAAACCGUAACCGCAAAGCAGCUUCAAGUGGAGUUGCAUUUAUGCGUAUUACACUGAUUAUUAGUAUAGAUAUUACAAUUUUAUAGGAUAUUAAUUAUGAACAGGGUAGCUCUACGGUAACAUCUUUGAUUAUAACAUGAGUUCAAAUUUCAUGAACAUCGUUAGUACUCUCAUAAUUGUAAAUGCAUCUCGCUAACUGACAACUGCCAGUUAACUUGACAUUUAUGCUCAGUGCUUCCUGUCGGUUAACUACAACCAUUUCGUAUCAAACAUUUGGAUUUAAAAUUAUAAGUAAACUAGAUAAGCAUAACGUUUGUCACUACCACUCAGUGGUCAAUUAAUAUAACUAUCUCAGUUUUAUAGGAGAUCAACAGCAUUGAGAAUUGGUCAUUAGUGACAGGUUCAUGAAACUGGUUGAACCGGGUUCGAAUCCUAUAUACAACAUUAGUCUCCUCAAGAUUGUUGGUACAUAUUGUUGACAAGUACCAACUAGCACGCAUAUUUUACGGACUAACUCAAAUCACCUUAUAUAUAAGACCACAUUUUUUAACUGGCCAUAGGAUUCAUGAACGAAAUAAAUUAUUUACUUAGUGUUUAAAGCAUUCACUUUUCAAUCAUACUAAGUUGUAGCACCUUCCACUUAGGUAAUUUGAUUCAUGCGAUUAUUUCAAAUCCCCUUUACACACUGUUUAAAAUAAUAGUACAUUGAUAAACUUAUAUUUGACAAAUGACUUGUAAUAUACAAAAAUGCAGGAUUAUAAUCACAUGUAAACUUGUAGGUAUCAUUACCAAGGUUUGACUUGAUAAUUUCGAAUCAUUGAUUUAGUAUACAAAGAACCUCUGGUAAGAAUUGUUAGUGAUUGGUGAACUGAUCAACUGACACUAGAAUUGUUUGUUUCAUAUGAAUGCUAUAAUCAUAAUCAGUCUAUACUGUAAACAGCAUGUGGUUUUUGUGUGAUCAAAUGUAUAUGGUCCACGUGGUGUUUUUCUUCGAAAAAAAACUCCUGUUUUGUUCAUUCGAAUUUCUCAUACCAGGUUGUCAUGAUAGUCUCUGCAAUAAGACUUUUUUGAACAUCCAGCAUAACUACACACAAACAUAUAUAACAUUUAAAUUCACUUGGUAUUGUUUGCUUGAGUCUUUUGAUUGAUGUUUAGGAUUGCAAUUGAUUAGUCUCUUAUUGGCAUAUUUGCAUUCUGUGCGUAUUGACUCGAUAUUGCCUUAGGUCAUAAGUAUUAUAAGGUUGGAUGAAUGGUGGUUAGUAGUGGAAUCCAGUUUGACGUGCGUUUCGUCCUAUUUGGGACUCGUCAGCUGGCUGUUCUGUAAUGCGCACGAGACCCCAGUCGAAUAUGUGUCCACAUGCAUUGAUAUAAGCGAGGAUAUGUCAUGGCGUUUGACCGUUAAUUGAUGUUUGUUAGCCCCCAAAUGCCCUGGUACGGUCGAGAGUGGGGAGAGCCCGCUCUCCCUCUCGAAACACUCUCAUAUGGCCACGCGUAUAUUAGCCUCUGCCAGGGAAGUCCUGCUUAUUGCCUCCUAGUGGCUGGGGUGCUGUUUACGAAAUUGAGAGGACGAAAAGUGAAUGUCCGGCACUUUAACUGUGUCGGUGGACAUGGAGAGUCCACAUAGGGAAGUUGGAAAACCCUGAUUCCAAACCAAUGGUGUACAUGCGCUUCAGGAUCCCGAAGGAACAAAUGGCGUAUGAACCAAUCGUUGGUCACCGGCUACUAUGUGACUGCAUCACCUCACAAUGCUCCACUGCCUUGUGGAACAGACCUUUAGGUCGAAGGCUCCGGUGUGUGGCCCCCUUAGAAAACCACCUGUUUCAGUUUGGGCACUCAGGCAGUAUCACAGCCCUCACACAUCAAAUGAGAUAUGUGUGGCGCAUAUUUAUUUGAUGUCUUCUUGUACCAAUAUCUAUGUGUUAAAAUAAAAUAAAAUAAGUCGUAAACAUCAGUGGGAAGAUUCAAGCAGACAAUAUCAAGUGAAUUAAAACUUCACCCUAUUGCACAAGCAAGGGGCUAUGAGGACUCAGUAACUAAGUGGAGAACGUAUUUAAAGCGAACGGUACUGGAUUCGGGUCCCGGAGUGAAAAUCAACUCUGAUGUGCAAGUACAUCCAGCCGACAAGUUCCAACUAGGACAAAACGCGCGUCAAACUGGAUUCCGCUGUCAGCCACCAUCCAUCUUUGCUUAUAUAAAUUUUUUUUUAUACAGUGUUACCAUUUGAAUAAGUGUGAUUCUUCAAAGGUAGUGAUAAUUAAGCAGGCAUAUCUUAUCGAACUUUUUUAUCCUGAAAAGACUAAGUUUUACAAAUUUAGUGCAGAACUUCGUAGUACAUCGUCCAGUUGUACAUCUGACUGUUUUAUGAUUUGAUGAACAUUGAAACGUAUCAGAAGGGGUUUUGUAGAGACUUUAAUAAUUUCAAUAGUUGAGAUCAUGAGUUAAUUGAAGCUAGACCACGAUGGAACACCUGGAAGCACUAGAUGGCCGUUUCGUCCUAGCAUGGGACUCCUCAGCAGUGCGCAUCCAUAACCCCGCCUCGCGAAAUUCAAACCCAGAACUUUUCGGUCUCGCAUGCGAACGCGUAACCUCUAGACCACUGAGCUGGUCGACAUCCAACAGUGUUAAUAUCUACCUUCAACUAAUACACGAAAUUAGGCGACACAUCCACCAUUGUCAUCAGUGAGUUACUAUCUCACAACUGACCCGGAGUUCUAGUGAGAAGCCAUCACCAGUGAAGUUCACCCAGAUCUGUUGUGAGAUAUCAGCUCACUGAAGACAAUGGCGUACGGUGGCGCAAUUUCGUGGAUUGGUUGAAUUUAGAUAUUAACACAGUUGGAUGACGGCUCAGUGGUCUAAUGGUUAUGCGCUCGCGCGCGAGACCGGUAGAUCCUGGGUUCGAAUCUCGCAGGAGGCGGAAUCGUGGGUGCGCACCGUAGAGGAGUUCUAUGCAAGGUUGAAACAGCCGUCUAGUGCUUCCAGAUUUUCCAUGGUUGUCUAUCUUCAAGUGACUUUCGAUCUCAACUAUUGAAACAGUUUUUAAAGUGUCUUCUAUGUAUAACAGAAAUCAUUCUAAUGUUCACCAAUAUUGAUUUAUCAUCAUUAAUAUUCAUAGCUAUUUAUCAUUUAUAUUAUGUAAUCGUUUUAUCAAUUUCUCUUGAUAAGAAAUAAAGAUUCUGCAUUAAAACUUCAAGAGGCAUUUGCAAGACGUUGGAUUAAAAAAGAUUAUUUAUGUAUUACUGUUGGUAUACCAAGAUCAGAUUAUGGUUAUAUACAAUUGCCAUUAGUUGAACGAAAUUUCAAUGGAAUUCGUAAAGUAAAUUAACGUUGUUGUUUUGUUGUUGUGUGUUUUCUUUUCUAUAAAAAUAAUCUAUCCAAUUUAUUCCAUUAAUAAAGUAUCUUUCUACCAAGUACGAAGGUAUCUCCAUGAAAUGAGCUGUGAAACACUAAAAAAAUCACUUCAUUUAAAAUCUAGUUGACUGUAAUCAAGAUACAUUCCAGAGAGUAGACCAAGAUUAGCAUUAUUUCAUGAAUUUGCUGAUUGUUGGAUUGAAUCGUGUAGAGAAAUACAGACUACUACUUGAUUGAGUGGAUUACAUGAAACUCGCUUAACUAAUGAUAAUUGUAGUACAUUAGUUGAUAUAGCUCAGAAUGAAUCAUAAUGCUAUAGAGAGAUACACUUGUUAUCUUCCUUUAGAUCUUGAGUUUUAAAAUGUUUAUUGUUGAGUCGGCUUUCGGAGAACUUCAACGGAGCCUUCAGAGGCCUAAAAGGAGCCGAAGAGUCCUAGCCAAUCACAGCACGAUGAGAAUUCUAGAAUUUCAAAGUGGCGUGCUACUAUUGGUCAGUAGCAUAAUAUGUCGCUAACGGAUUGGCCAAAAUAUGAUGUUGAUUUAACAAACGCUAACAUCUAUAAAUCCCCAUGAUUUUCUGUACAAAAACGAACCUUGGAGUAAAGUAUUUUCUCUCAUAUUUGCAUCUUCUCUCUGGUGUUCAAGUCGCUGUGUAGUCUUAGCCUGUGGGUUACCAGAAUAGCUUAGGAAAACGAAUAUAGCGUUCAAUCGACAAAACAUAUCAUUUAUGCCUUUUAUUAUGCUACUUGAUUGUUUUUUCCCUCUGAUCAUGUUGUAUAUAAUUAGUGGUUUCUACUAUCAGUAAUGCUGUAGUGAACGAGAAUACAUGCGGGGACAAUUGAAUGUAUUUAAACACAAAAUUACAGAGCAUCUUAGUACAAUCUAAGAUCCAUACAUUAAAUACUUCCUUUGCAAAAUGUCAAUCAAUUGUCUCAGACUUCAUUGUUCUUUCGCUUCCACACCAAUUAUCCUCUGUUCUCGUUCUCUUUUCUCUGAUCUUCUUAAAUGCCACCAGGCAUUUCACUUUCAAUUGAUGGUACAUACUACUUAUAUCUGUCGACAUCAGUAGCACACAUUUGAAUACUGUUAUUAUUCUUACUACUCUAGCAUAACUGUCUUGAUAAUUUCAUCUCAUUGUACAACUAAUAUGAUGUGACAACUUGAACUGAUCCUGAUAUAUGCCACAUUUUACACCAAUUAUGACUAACUAAUUAACAUAUUCCGAAAAUUUCUGAUAUGAAUUCGUAACUGGUAAAUUUUAACCGGGUUUAUAUUGAGAUGGACGUCAUUUUUAACAAGUAUUGUCCAAUUAAAACCAAAUAAACACUUUCACUGUUAUGAUAAUUAUUAUUAGUUAUACAAUAAACCCUUAUGAACUAGGGUAAUUUUAUAUUGGUUUUCAAGAGAGCUGGACACUUUCCAAACUUUCACGUGACAACCCAAACAGUACACCUCAAUCCUGUUAAACAAAAGAACCAAACACUGCCCAGGGUUGAAUUUUAUAACCCGACCAGUACAUCUCAAUCCCGCUUCACAGGAGAACCAGACACCAUAUAAGCUUUAACGCUACAAACUGAAUAGUACAGAUCAAUCCUGUGGCGCAACCACACAGGUACCCAGUAACCUGGCGGACCAUUCGCACCAUCCAUAUACACAUUAUUCACGUCACAUGUAUAGUUAUUCCAAUCAAUGAUCGCAUGAAUCAAUUAUGCACAUCACGAACAGGUCAGACUUGACCUAUUCCGCUUACACGACAGUCAAACUCAUUAAUGUUAGCAAUGGCGACAUGCCUUACAAUGUCCCAAUGAUAAUGACCCUUGAGAACACUGAAAAUCAACCACCAGUAUGAAUGAAAUCGGUUAACCAACAGACCAAUUUCAUGCAUAAACAGUCAGUAAAACUUGCCAAAGUAGUCCUGAACCAUCCACAAUGCCAAUGGCGAACCUCCAGUCUCAUAUGAGACUUUCAGCUCUAGAUAGCCAUAUAGAUUAUACUGCAUAUAACACAUGUAGAGUAGUAAACGAAAUAGCCCAACCUGAAGCGUUAGGGCUUUAACAACAUUUAAAACCCAUUGUCUGAUGUCAGAAUACUAUUACUAGACCACCAAGAUCAUUUUUAUCGCAUUUACGAAGUUUUCAUUUUUCCGACUUUUCAGACCCUGAGUUAGGGAUAGUAUCCUUAAAAUUGUAGAAAGAAACUAUCCUAAUGUAGCAGUAAGAUUUAAGAUGGAGAUUGUUAGAUUGAUGUAAUUACUUCUAUGAAUUCGGUGUUCAUCUAAUGAGUAAGGUGUGGCAAUUUGGACCGAUGCAUAUAUGUGUCUAGUCCUACGAUGUUGUAGCUGACUGACUGUUAGAUUGUUGCAUGAAAUUCAAAACCUAAUGACUAACACCUUGUAACUUAUUACUAUGUAAGAACUGAAUAAAACAAUACUGGGAUCUAGGCGAUUAUCAUCUGUUCUUAUCAAGAUAACAUUAGAAGAUGGAUCAUCGGUUAUGAUUACCAACAGAUAUUGUUCAGUAGAAGCAACUAACAUGUUUAUUUGGUUAUGAAGUUGUUCAUUAUAUAAUAAGUUCCAUUUAUUUUCACCAUAACUACAAUUCGUUAGAUUAAUUUCAAUAAAUUAUUGUCAAAGUUAUAACAUGAAGUGAAUUCAAUGGAUAACAUUAUUGAUCGUUUCUUCAUUUUUGUUGUUGUUAUCUGCUGUCUAUUAAUGAGUUCAGAUUUAUUAAUGAAUGGAAUCAGGACAUUUAGUUUAGAAAAUUGAACAGAAUUAUCAGUACGUAGUUGUUGAUUUUGAAUUAGUUAUCUGUGUGAAUUACCUGAUACUCUUGAGUUCACCCUUGGUUACUUAUGUCGACAUAAGUAGUAUAUAACAUCAAUCAGAAAUAAAAUGACUGGUUGGAAAGAUCAAAUCGAAAAGAAUAAGAACAGAGUGUAGUUGUUACAGUAAUGAAGGAACAUUGAAGUUUGAACCUAUCGAUGGGGGAUUCGCAAACGUAGUAUCGAAUGUAUAGUUUUCACAUUUGACCAAAGAACUGGUUGCUCCCCAUUCAUGUUCCCGUUCAAAACGUAUCAGAUUUAAGGCUGUCAAAAAAUCGGCAAUUAUUGGAUUACUGAAAAGUAAUGAGUCUUUACAACUCCUUCAGUUAUCGUACACAGGAUUCUUUCAUAUCUCAUACAGUUCACGUUGUCAGUGGACCUUUUUUUUAACCUGAAAUCCAAUAAUUUAUACAUUCAAACCCAAUAACUUUUCGAUACAACCAAAAAAUCAUUCAUUAGCCCUGAUAGUAUUUAUCUCAAUCUUGACAUGAUUGAGCUCUACUAGUUAUAGAUUCUUUCUGGGCAUUCGAGAACUCAUCUCUUAGUUUAGUCAUUUAUUGGGUUAUAUAUAUACACCGGAAAAGCCUAAAUGGAUCACAUGUCACUCCAAGAGAUCAUAUACUGUCAUAAGGCCACAAUUUUGGUUAGAAAUCCACUCAUUGGUGAGUUAUUAUGAGUAAACAAAUUAUCCACCCAUUCGAAAUCACCGCUCACAUGUCCCUAUCUACAAUAAUCUUGUUUCUUAUAUCUAUUCAUAAAUUGUAUUCAUUAUGAUCGUAGUUUUGAUUCCUGCGCACCCUUAGUCUUUUUACUGGGCGUAGCUGAUUGUGAAAGCGUUUUAAAAUGCUUGAAUAAAUCAGAAUCUCAAACAUAAAAUUAGCGUGGAGAGGUUUGUGAAGAUCAUUCAAUUUUCAACUUAGUUUUACACAAUUUUUAUUAACAAUAUCCAUUGGAAAGUCUAACUCCUCCUCAAAAUAUUUAUCACAUACAUAUGAGCGUACAGUUGAAUUCCUUAUUUUUAAUUAUGUGUGUUGAAUCCAUUAGUCAAUUAAAACUAGACCACCAUGGGAAACGUGGAAGCACUGGAUGACCGUUUCGUCCUAAUAAAUGACUCCUCAACAGUGCGCAUCUACGAUCCCGCCCGCGGGAUUCGAGCACAGAACUUUUCGGUCUCGCACGCGAACGCGUAACCUCUAGACCACUGAGCUGGGCGACAUCCAAUGGCACCGUCCAUCAUUGUCAUCAGUGAGUUACUAUCUCACAACAGACGUGGUUGAACUCUUGGCCAUGGCUUCUCACUAGAACUCCAGGAAAUACCUGUUGAAGUCAGUCACUAGUGAGCACAUUAUUAUCAGAAGGGGGGUUUCGCGGAGAUUUUAGUAAUUCAAUAGUUGAAUUCAUAAAGAGUCCCAUACUAGUGCGAAAUGGUUGUCCAUUGCUCCCAUGUUUUCCAUGAUGGUCUAGCUUUAAUUGACUCAUGAAUUCAGCUAUUAAACUACUAAAACCUCCACAAAAUCUCUUGAUGGUUAUGUAUAUAUUAGUUAUAUUUUUUUCUUUUCAUCACCUCUCUUAUUUUUUAGAUGUGUGCUUCUCAACUAAAUCGUCAUCUACAAGAAUUAACUUGUAAACAAACACAAUUAGAUAUAAAUAAUGAAGCGAAUGAAUAUGAUGUAACAGAUGCUUUCUCUGUACUAUAUGAUAAAAUGCAAACAAAUCAUAAUCAACCAACUACCUGGUAUCAUUUAAUGGAUAGACGAAAUGAUGCUGCAUUAAUGCUUUGUUCUACACUGACUGGUUUGUUUUGAUUUUUAUUGUUUAUUAUGUUGUUAAUUUGCUUAAUUCUAUAACGUAUUGUGUUAUAUGUUUUUAUCUCGUCUUCAUGAUAUUGAUUCAUCUAUAUGAUAUGUUUGGACCAAUAUCUUAUCGUGGGUUCGAAUCCUGCGAGCGGGAUCAUGGAUGCGCACUGUUGAGAAGUCCCAUACAGCCUUCCAGUGCUUCCAGGUUUUCCAUAGGUAGUCUAGCUUUAAUUGACUCAUGAAUUCAACUGUUAAAUUAUGUUGUAUAUAUUGACUUGAUAAUGAAAUUGUUGAACUAUUAUACUUCGACUUGAUCAGUUAAAAGUAAUGGCUAUCAUUUCGAGACAGGACAAUUUUUCAGUGCAUGUUAGUGUUCUGGUGAUUUCUGGCCUAGAUCAAACGAACCUGUUCAAUAAUGUUCAAUUUCCAAUUGCUCACCAGUUGUCUAUGAACUAAUCUUCAUAACUUCAUUCAUUUGACAUGAUAACAUUAUCAUUAAUUUAAGUUUGAUCUUAACAACUAACAUUCAGUAUUUAUAGAUUAUAGCAACAGUUUCCUGCAUAUACCUGUUAUAUCAGUAUGAAUAAAUAUAUACUAUUCUGUCUGUUUGUUUUAUUUAAAUGGUCCCUAUAUGUUAAUUAUCAGUGAUAUAGUAUUGAAACAUCUAUUUGAAGUGAUAGUGAGAUCACUUAGUUGAGAGUGGAUUUCGGAUCAACCAUUGAUCUAUACAAUCAUCAUGACCUUCCACUCAUUGGAUCUCUGAAUUUUAAAUAUCAAUUGACUAAGUUAUAUUAUCAAAUGGAUCAGCAAAUUGUACCAUUAACGUUGAAUGACUUGACAACUGGUCAGAAAACAGCAUUUAGUUGAUAGAGCAGUGAUAAAAUCACAAUGAAUAAACAGUUUCAAUAUGAUGAGUAAAUCCCAACAUGCUGAAUGAUUUAUUUCAGUAAAUGGUAAAGCGUUUAUAGUCAGGAUAUGGGAAGCAUUCUGUUUGUGAUUAUAAUAAUGAAUAAUUGCAAAUAUUUAAAUUGGAAUCUCAAACACUUUUAAGUUAUCUCGUUAUACUACCCAUUUCUGGAUUUCAGUUGUUUUCGUGAAUAAUUUGAUCUUUUUACAUACCCUCAUUUUACGGUUGACUUGAUUUCUUCCCUCCCCCCACGCCGCCUAGAUCCCAGUAUUGUUUUAUUCAGUUCUUACAUAGUAAUAAGUUACAAGGUGUUAGUCAUUAGGUUUUGAAUUUCAUGCAACAAUCUAACAGUCAGUCAGCUACAACGUCGUAGGACUAGACAUAUAUGCGUCGGUCCAAAUUGUCACGCCCUUACUUUUCAGUAAUCCAAUAAUUGCCGAUUUUUUGACAGCCUUAAAUCUGAUACGUUUUGAACGGGAACAUGAAUGGGGAGCAACCAGUUCUUUGGUCAAAUGUGAAAACUAUACAUUCGAUACUACGUUUGCGAAUCCCCCAUCGAUAGGUUCAAACUUCAAUGUUCCUUCAUUACUGUAACAACUACACUCUGUUCUUAUUCUUUUCGAUUUGAUCUUUCCAACCAGUCAUUUUAUUUCUGAUUGAUGUUAUAUACUACUUAUGUCGACAUAAGUAACCAAGGGUGAACUCAAGAGUAUCAGGUAAUUCACACAGAUAACUAAUUCAAAAUCAACAACUACGUACUGAUAAUUCUGUUCAAUUUUCUAAACUAAAUGUCCUGAUUCCAUUCAUUAAUAAAUCUGAACUCAUUAAUAGACAGCAGAUAACAACAACAAAAAUGAAGAAACGAUCAAUAAUGUUAUCCAUUGAAUUCACUUCAUGUUAUAACUUUGACAAUAAUUUAUUGAAAUUAAUCUAACGAAUUGUAGUUAUGGUGAAAAUAAAUGGAACUUAUUAUAUAAUGAACAACUUCAUAACCAAAUAAACAUGUUAGUUGCUUCUACUGAACAAUAUCUGUUGGUAAUCAUAACCGAUGAUCCAUCUUCUAAUGUUAUCUUGAUAAGAACAGAUGAUAAUCGCCUAGAUCCCAGUAUUGUUUUAUUCAGUUCUUACAUAGUAAUAAGUUACAAGGUGUUAGUCAUUAGGUUUUGAAUUUCAUGCAACAAUCUAACAGUCAGUCAGCUACAACAUCGUAGGACUAGACACAUAUAUGCAUCGGUCCAAAUUGCCACACCUUACUCAUUAGAUGAACACCGAAUUCAUAGAAGUAAUUACAUCAAUCUAACAAUCUCCAUCUUAAAUCUUACUGCUACAUUAGGAUAGUUUCUUUCUACAAUUUUAAGGAUACUAUCCCUAACUCAGGGUCUGAAAAGUCGGAAAAAUGAAAACUUCGUAAAUGCGAUAAAAAUGAUCUUGGUGGUCUAGUAAUAGUAUUCUGACAUCAGACAAUGGGUUUUAAAUGUUGUUAAAGCCCUAACGCUUCAGGUUGGGCUAUUUCGUUUACUACUCUACAUGUGUUAUAUGCAGUAUAAUCUAUAUGGCUAUCUAGAGCUGAAAGUCUCAUAUGAGACUGGAGGUUCGCCAUUGGCAUUGUGGAUGGUUCAGGAUUACUUUGGCAAGUUUUACUGACUGUUUAUGCAUGAAAUUGGUCUGUUGGUUAACCGAUUUCAUUCAUACUGGUGGUUGAUUUUCAGUGUUCUCAUGGGUCAUUAUCAUUGGGACAUUGUAAGGCAUGUCGCCAUUGCUAACAUUAAUGAGUUUAACUGUUGUGUAAGCGGAAUAGGUCAAGUUUGACCUGUUCGUGCUGUGCACAAUGGAUUCAUGCGAUCAUUGAUCGGAAUAACUAUACAUGUGACGUGAAUGUGUAUAUGGAUGGUGCGAAUGGUCCACCAGGUUACUGGGUACCUGUGUGGUUGCGCCACAGGAUUGAUCUGUACUAUUCAGAUUGUAGCGUUAAAGUUUAUAUGGUGUCUGGUUCUCCUGUGAAGCGGGAUUGAGCUGUAUUGGUCGGGUUAUAAAAUUUAAGCCUGGGCAGUGUUUGGUUCUUUUGUUUAACAGGAUUGAGGUGUACUGUUUUGGUUGUCAUGUGAUGAAAGUCUGGAUCUCCUGAAAACCAAUGUAAAAGUACCCUGACCCACAAGGGUAUAUUAUAUGACUAUGAAAUAUUGCUUUUAACACAUUGUCUCAUAAUCUUUUCAUAUGUUUUCUAGGUAUAAAACAUCAAAUUCGAGCUCAUUUAGCAUUUGGUUUACAAACUCCUAUACUUGGUGAUCAUAAAUAUUCACAUGCUGAAUAUUUAGCACCUCAACGUUUACCAAAAUCUUUAUUAGAAGUAUUAAAUAUUAGACAAUCGAAAGUUCGAUAUAUUAGUUUACAUUUACAUGCUUUAAGUUUACAUCUUCAUGUACCACCAUCAUCAUCAUCAUCACCAUCUUCUUCUUCCAGUAAUGAAGGAUUUUUUGAUUUUGUUCGAUCAUUUGAUAAUUCACAUAGUAACAAUAAGAUUACUAAUAAUAAAUUUAUAAAAAAUCCUUUUAAAUUCACUGCUCCAUUACCGAAUCACUUUCGAGGUAAUUUAAAACGUAUUGGAUUAAAAUUACCGCAUUAUUUAAAGUAUUUACAUUGAUAGUUUGUUUCAUAUAAAUAAUGUAUAGUAUUGCAUAGUAUUUUGGUAUAUGUAUUUAAUAAUUCAUUUACAUCUAUUAUAAAUACACCUAUAUACAAUUAAACUUGUUUUUGUCCUUUAAUUUGUGUUUGGGCUGUAAUAUUAUCCGGGUACCCAAACCGGAAACAGGUGGUUUACUUAUGGGAUGGCACACACACACCCGGAACCUUCAAUCUAAUAAUCUGAUCCACAAGGCAGUGAAGCAACAUCAGAAGAUGCAGUCCGUUGGUAGCCGGUGACCAAUAGUUGAUUCAUAUGCCAUUUGUUUUCUAAGGACCCUGAAGCCCGCAUGCACUAUUAGUUUUUCAUUCUCUUAAUUUUGUAAACAACCGUAAUGCCACGAGAUGGUAGUGAGUAGGAUCCCUGUUCAUAUUAGAUAUGAUUAUUUAUGAAUUACGAACAAUGAGGACCCGAAAGUCAACGUGCUUAAAAUGGUCAAGGUUCGUGAUGAUUUAGUAAUUGUCAUGAUCCUUAAAGACCGCUUUGACCUUCCUCUCAGUUUACAGGACUAGAUCGAUAGAAUGCUAUUGGAAAAUUUAAAAAGGAAGCUCAAACGUCUCGCUAUCGGUCACACGACUUAUCUCAAUGAAGAACAACAAACACUCAGAUCGUUCGAAACUCUCUCGCUUAACGUUUUCUAGCACUUUUGACGUGAAUAGUGUUCUACCGGCCAGCCACUUGAUGAAAAUUUAGGGUGUUUAUGGAUUUCGAACGAAUCUCACGAGGUGAUUUUUCUCGGGAGAAUUAUCAUUGUACAUGACAGUCCAGAAAACGCGGACCAAAUUACUGCAAUCGAAGAUACCCAAGAGUGGUAGAUCACAAUGGAGUCCUUGAGGCUGAUGAUAAUAUUGUUUCAUCAAGUGGUAUGAUUAGCUAAAAUGGACUAGGAUUCUAGAUCCCAGCAAAUAAAGAUAACUUUCCGUUCUUUUUAAGAGUGGUGACUGUUACUCUUAAGGCAUUUUGUGCCAACAUAAGCUGUUUAUCAACUAAUUUACAUGCAUCUGGACUGACCAUAAAAAUAAUUUGGUGACAUGUGAUGAAUAGAGUAAGCAUUUAACACAGUUAAUAAGCAAAUAAUUGACGAGGUCAAAAUGUGACAUGAAAAGAAUAAAUCUGUCUGUCCGGAAGCUAGAAGAACCCGUAUGGGUUUGAUACACGACUAGGCAAUGCAAUAUGUUCACAAUGUCAAAUGGUUGGAAACAGUUGGAUAUGACUAGUGAACUUUUAUUUUGUGGUUUGUAGUAGAAAAGAUAUAAACUGACUUGCCUUCUAUCAACAUAAUUAAUCAAGUCGCAGAUUGUUUUUUUUUUCAGUGAAUAAACUUCCCAAAGUGUAGGUUAGAUAAAUACAUUUAUCACUGAAUUUGCGAUUAAUUCCGUGUACCGAUUUAUAAACUAUGACUUUUCAUAUUUGUUUCUAAUGCCGGUCGGUCGUUGUCGCAAAUUCACGUCUCUGUAAUAAGAAAGUGAAAUAGUUUACUGUCAAAUAAAUCGCUAGUAAUUCGCGACCAAAGGCUCUAUAGCUUCUUGCACUGGUGACAGAAAUUUGAGAAAAAAACAGUUAUAGGUGUGAUGUGGACCUGCUUAUUGCUUCAUAUGUGUUGAGAGUUGUGAAGAUUUCUUAUCCUCCAGAUCACACGCUGUUAGUAGCUGUUGUAAUCUAUUUUGUUGGACACUGAUAUGCGUUGUAUGACUGUUGCCUUCAGUGUAUCAUAUAGAUCGAUUAAAUCGCCAACUUCUGCCGUAAUUUUGAUAGGCAAAGCGCCUACGACGUAUGCAUAUUAUUUUGCCUGUGACGAUGAUAUGAUGAAGAAAGAUCUAGUUUCAACCUGUUGAUUUUAUGACGGUUUGUUUACUCGCUAAAUACUUUACGAUGAAUUUGUGCUAGUAGACAUUCUUACACAAGACGGAUGAGAUGAGUUACUUUAACCUUUUGUGUAUUGAGAAUGGUUCAAUGAGUUUAGGUUUACGUGUAACGCAUCUUUCACAUACCUCAUCUUAUGAACCGUUUGAUUUACUGCUGUUGUUACUUGGUAUUUGAUCAGCGUCAUAAACUUUUCAGUUUACUUGAAUUUUCAAUUUCCCUAAUGAAAAAAGCCUUCUUCUCUCAUAUAUUUGUUGUCAGGGUUUUUAUUGUUGUUCAUCUCACUAGAGGAUAAUGAAUGUAUCAAAUAUGUGACAUAUUCAAGUCUUCGGUUCGUUGUUGUGACUGACUGAAACAAUGUUUGCAAGACUUUGUAUCAUUCUGUAGUUGUUGUUGCUAAAGAUUGUAAUUGACUAGUCUCUCCUAACAUCUGUAUAUUAUAGGCUUUUGUCCCCAUGUUGAAAGUUCGGACAUGUCUAAUCUAAGUAGCUCAGUGAAUAGUAGUCUCACAUUCGAAAAGGGAAGGGCUCAGUGUAUCCAUCGGUAUUAGGAUACAAUUGUGUCCAGCUAACGGUUCUCCAAUAUGAAGAAACCCACUUCCUGUAUUCUUAUACGAUGUACAUUAACUAGUAGAGGCUGAUGCAGAGAUGGUAGAGAUUCGUAGCUCAAGUGGGUGAUUUUGAUUCAAUUUUUUUUUCUGCGGUGGACGUUUUAAUCAAGAAGCUUUCAUUUUCCCUCUCAAUAACAUCACCAAGAUUAUAAAGGCCGUUUAGAUUAGGUGUAGCACAUAAACCAGCGAAAUUACUUCAACCAAACUUAUACAAAUCAAACGAUAAACUAACAGUUACGUCCCGAUGAGAAUAAUGAAUAGUAACUUCUGGGACCACCAUGGAAAGCCUGGAAGCACUGGACGACCAUUUCGUCCCAUUGUGGGACUACUCGGCAGUGCGCAUCCACGACACCACCUCGCGGGACUCGAGCACAGGACCAAUCGGUCUCGCGCCAAGCGCCUAACCAAUUAGACCACUGGGCCGGCAUCCAAUAGAACAAAACGGCUGUUCAGUGCUUCCAGGUUUUUAAUG